GGUACAGCCUAUGACACUUAAAAGAAGAAAAGAAACCGGAAUUACCAGCUUGGACAAACGUCAGCAUGGGAGGAACUUUUAGCUUGUUUUUCUGUGAUCUGUUCAGAGCGGUUGCUGCCAGGUGUUCAGGAGCACCUGUCCGUUGAGCCUCACAGUCAGAAUUAUGGCCUUCGCCUUGUCUGAGGAGCAGUUUCGGUGCGUUAUCUGUCUGGAUAUCUUCCACAACCCCGUCUCCACCCCGUGCGGGCACAACUUCUGCCGGGGAUGCAUCAAACGUUAUUGGGACACCAGACAUAAGUCGGAGUGUCCCCUGUGCAAAGAGGUUUUCAAAAUCCGCCCAGAACUCAGGAUCAACGUCGGAUUGAAAGACAUCACCGAGCAGUUCAAAAAGUCCAUAAAGGGCCAGCCGGCGUACAAGCCGGCCCCACCCAAGAGGACGCAGAAUACGGGACUGCGCCAGAGACAGCAUUCAAAAACCGAUGAAGUUCCGUGUGACAUUUGCCAGGAAAAGAGUGUGAUGGCGGUCAAGUCGUGCUUUGUGUGCCAGCUGUCUUACUGUGAGAUCCACCUGACGCCUCACCUGAGGGACCCGGUGCUGACGAUGCACAGUCUGGCGGAUCCGGGCACCUUCGUCACCAGUCACCUCUGUAAGAGCCACAAGAAGGUCCUGGAUAGGUUCUGCAAAAGGGAUCAGACCCCCAUUUGCGUGGAAUGCAGAGAGUUUGACCACAAACACCACGAGACCAUCUCCAUCACGAAGGAGAGCAAGAUGGUCAGGAUUCAGAUGAAGACUGUGGAAGCAGAGUUUCGGGACAUGAUAAAGACCAGACACUCCAAAUAUAAGGAGAUCAACAGUUCAGUAGAGAUCAGCGAGAUGAAUAAAGCACAGGCGCUGGAAAGAAUCAGCCAGGUGGUCACCAACGUGAUAAGCGUCAUCGAGGAAAACCAGGCUUCGCUCAUCGACGAGAUUGAGAAGAAGCAGGGAGCGGCUCACAGGAAGGACGAGGCGCUCCUCCAGGAGCUCGGCCUGGAGAUCAACGAACUGCAGAGGAGACGCAGCGAGCUGCAGCACCUGGAGAGCAGCGACGACCCCCUCCACCUCCUGCAGUGCUUUCCCUCCCUGAGGGCCCCGAUCAUCGGCAGGGACUGGUCCGCGGUCAGGGUGCAGCCGUCCGGCCACAUGGGGGUGGUGAGGAGAGCUUUCACCAAGCUGGUGGACGUGUUCCAAGAACUUGAGAAUAAACUGGCGGCAGAAGAAAUAAGUGACUUCUAUCAAUAUGCAGUGGACGUGACUCUGGACCCGGUGACGGCUUCGGGCUGGUUGAGUCUGUCUGCAGACGGGAAACAGGUGAGCCUCAGCCCCCAGCUGAAGAAACCCUCCCCUCCCGAAGACUGGCGAAGGUUCGACUCCUGCGUGUCCAUCCUGGGGAAGCAAUGCUUCACCUCUGGGAGACAUUACUGGGUGGUUCAGGUUGGCGACAAAACAGACUGGGACCUCGGCGUGGCCCGGGAGUCCAUCAACAGGAAGGGGGCCAUCACGGUGCGUCCCGACAGCGGCUACUGGGCCAUCUGCCGGCGGAAGGGCGGCAGCCUCAACGUCUGUGCCGGCCCCUCCUUCCCCCUCCGCCUCCAGGAAACGCCCCAGAAAGUGGGCGUGUUCCUGGACUACGAGGAAGGCUCGGUGUCCUUCUACGACGCAGAGGCAAAGAGCCACAUUUACACUUACAGCGGAUGUGAGUUCCCUGAGCCCGUGUACCCGUACUUGAACCCCUGUCUCCAUGACAAUGGGAGAAAUACCGCCCCGUUGGUCAUCUGUCCCGUUGAGGUCGGGAGAAGUGAGGCGACUGCGACUCUUUGAACAGGAGGCCGAGGGGAAAAUGUUCAUUAUCAAAAAUAUUGUAAACAUUGUACGUUUUUUUCAUUAAAUUAAAAAUAUAUCUUUGGGUACUCAAGUUCAAGUUAUUAAUACAUAAUUGUAACUUAUAGUAUUUCUACUAUAAUAAUUUGACAAUGUGUUAUUUUUCUACUAUUUUUUGGGGGUGUACGCUUUCAAUGUAUUCUUUUAUACUGAAUAAACAGAAUUCCCAAAACAAA